CUGGAUCAUUAUAGAAUAGCAGCAGCCAGCGAGGUUCUUCUGACUGACCCUGGAACAGUGCCACUCUUCAUCAGAACAAGGUUUAGAGAAGAAUAUAUCUGCUGUAGGCCAACCUGCACUACUCGGGAUUUGAAACUGACCAUUUCGAAGGUCUUAGGUGUACCUGUUGCAUGCCAGCGACUUGUCUACAACCAAAAUGUGAUGUUCAAUGAAAUGAAAAGCUAAGUUACUACAGUAUUCAUCCCGGUUCCACUGUUUUUCUUGUAAUCACCCCUAAUGAAAUGGAUAUCCAUGUCACCCUGCCAUCAAAGAAGGUAACGACUCUCAUUUGCUCACAAGACGACAAAAUUGAAGAUAUCAAGUUGAAGGUUGAGCAAAAGGAGGGCAUACCUGUGGAGCAUCAAGCUCUACUCUUUGAGGACGACAAGAUGACUCUCAGAGAGGCCAACAUCACACCUGGACUACACUUUCAAGUCUUCUAUGAUUUUUCUUCAUAUGCUCAAGUUGAUCACAUCAGAACCAUGGACUUGUACCUUCAGAAAGAAUGCCGUCAGGUUGUUCAAUCCCACAGACGCCGUUUUGAUGCACAAAAAAUCUUUGAUACGCAGAAAGAUUUAAACAAGACAGAGAGAGCAAUGCGAGCACAUUCAAAGUGCAAAGCAGAAAAGAUGGCAGAAGAGGAAGCUCAUCUCAUCAAAGUUUCGGCUUUGCAGCGGGAAGUUGAUGAAUUUAAAAGAGAACAGGAAAAUGAGAAGAAAAGCUUUAAUGCUGAGAUUCAUAAUUUAAGGACACAUUCGACUGAACAAGAAAGACAAAAUGAAAACCUACACGAACGACUGACAGCCUCGCAGGUUGAGUCGGGUAGACUUCAGAGACAAAACCAAAUCCUCCAGGACACACUGGCAGCCUCUGAGGGACAGCUAGCUGCCUCUCAAUCUGAAUCUGCAAAACUACAGGAAAGACUAGCUGCCUCUCAAUCUGAAUAUGCAAAAGUGCAGGAAAGACUAGCUGCUUCUCAGUAUGAAUCAGCUGAACUAGAGGAAAGACUGGUUGCUGCUUUAGGUGAGUUACAGAGGCAUUCGCAGAGGGACCCUGAAGCAGUAGACAUCACUCCUUGGAACGUCCCACGCAGUGACGUACAU